AUGGGGAUCAAUGAAAAUAUUCAGCCCGUCGCCUGGGCUGUGAUGAUGCCCUUUGUGGUCAUCACCAGCUUGACCUGCAUUCUUCGGGUCUAUUCGCGCAUCUCGAUUUCGAAGUCGUUCGGUGUCGAUGACUGGUUCAUGGUGGCUGCGAGUAUAGCAUGGCUCGCUAAUCAAGGGAUUCUGGGACAAAUGAUUAUGUAUGGAGGAGGAAAACUAGAUAAAGAUGUCCCACCAGACAAUCUUCUCAAGAUUCUAGUGCUUCUACUGGUCAUUGAAUUCGUCUAUAUCUUUUGUCAAUGGCUGAUCAAGAUGUCGUUCUUGACCUUCUAUCUUCGCGUGUUGAGCAUCUCGCCGGUAUAUAGAAAGGCUGUAUAUCUCGUCAUGGCCUUCACCACGGCACAAACCAUCGCCGUCCUACUCUUCUAUGGGCUUCAAUGCCUGCCUUUGGAUGCCUUUUUCCACCCCGAGAAAUAUCCGGAUUCAAAGUGCAUACCGACACCAGUGACUCUUUACUUUCCUGCAAGCAUGAAUGUCCUUACAGAUGUUCUUAUCUAUGUCCUGCCCAUCUUCCCUUUGUGGAGCCUUCAGAUGAGCAGGCGCCGUCGCAUGGGUCUUAUUGCAUGCUUCACCGUGGGCGGAAGCACAGUCCUCGUAUCGCUUCUCCGUUUCGUCGUCCUAGUCCAACUCGCCAGCGGCUCCAGGACAUUCUACGUGUACGGCUCCGUGGCUAUCGUCACGACAAUCGAGCUCUCCACGGCCAUCAUCUCUGCCAAUAUGCCCUCGCUGCGGUCGGUCUGGAAGACCCAUAUAUCGGGGACAUUGUACGGGUCAAGCAAUCGAAAGUCAACGCCAUAUGAACUGGGAACUACUUCCCAAGCCCGUGGAAAUCACCGAGUGGCGAAGGGAAAUAUUGUGCAGAAGUUCACGCAGGGAAAUCCCCACACAGGCUCCCACGCCGAGUCCGAGGAAGAGCUUUGUCAGAAUCGGGAAGAAAUUCUCGUCAGCACCCACGUCAACGUGAGUAGUGCGACAAAUCACAAUCUGGAGAGCCCUCGGCUGCCGGCCUCGUAUUACCCUAUGAAGUAG